AUGCGGGUGCCUUAUACGUGUUGCACGAAAAAAUUUGAAGAUUAUUAUUUAGCUCAAACUGGAAAUGGAUUACCUUACUAUCAAGGAACCAUUUUACAGAAAGGUUAUGGUAUUGGUGGAUUUUUUGCAAAGCUGUUUCGCAGUGCUAUGCCUUUUUUGAUGACGGGGGCCAAAACAGUUGGAAAAGAAGCUUUACGGACUGGAACACAGAUUGCAAAUGACAUUCUCCAGGAAUGCGCAAAAUCCGAAUUGGAUUUAUUUUCGUUACCUCCCACACAAACAGUUAUCGAAAAAGGUCAGUGGGUUGAAUUUCAUCCAUUAGCCAAUGUAUCGGAAGGAAGUCCUGUCGAGUUCAAUGUUUCUGGAAGCGGAGACGACUACCUAGACUUAUCACAGACACAACUCUACGUCAAAGUGAAAAUUUUAAAAAAUGAUGGCAAGCCAAUCACGGCUGAAAGUAAAGUGGGACCUGUCAAUCUCUUUUUACAUUCUAUGUUUUCUCAAGUGGAUAUUAGCUUAAAUGAAAGACUCGUUUCCACCAGUAAUAACACGUAUCCUUACAGAGCCAUGAUAGAAAAAUUAUUGAAUCAUGGUUUUGAUACGAAAACGUCUCAACUGUCAUCAGAAUUGUUUUUCAAAGAUACAGCAGGACGUAUGAACGUUUUUGAUAUUCAAGACACUCAGCCGAAUGAAGGAUUCAACCAACGAGCAGAAUUGUUUAAACUGAGUGCUUCGGUCGAUAUGAUUGGCCGAUUGCACUUGGAUAUGUUUCAUCAGGAAAGACUUUUGCUGAAUAUGGUGGAUAUGAAAAUUAAACUCAUACGCAGCAAACCUGAAUUUUGUUUAUUGGGCGAAGGUGAAUUUAAAGUUUUACUCGAACAAGCUUCAUUGUUUGUACGCAAAGUGAGAGUCAGCCCAGGUGUUGUGCUAGGACAUGCCAAAAGCCUAGAAAAAUCAACAGCCAAAUAUCCCAUUAAUAGAGAGUGCUCUGCAAAGCCUAUUCCAUUCCAACUGGGAAAUAUGAGUUUUAUUCAAGACAAUAUUUUCAUAGGUCAAAUGCCUAAUCGUAUUGUGGUGGCAUGUGUCGAUAAUGAUGCCUUUAACGGAAACUAUAAAAAGUCUCCUUUUGAAUUCAAGCAUUAUAAUAUGAACUUUAUCGGCGUUUAUGUGGACGGGCAACCGGAUGCUACUUCAACUCCAUUUAGCUACUUGUUGAUUGAUUUACGACCUGAAACAAGUGAAACGCUUCGCCUUCGUACAGGCAUCUUUCCUGGGGAUAAAUACUAUGUCUACCAGCCCCGAUAG